UAAGCCGGGCCUAGACGCCUUGCUUCCGAGGAGACGUGCCUGGUGACUGUCGCCUGGCCGCAGCUGCUGUGCCGCUCGUCUCACUUGGCAGGCGCUCCAAGGGGCCCCGCCGCCUCCCUCCAGCCAGCCAGCCAGCCGCCCGCCCCCUCCGGAGGGAGGAGCCGGUCAAGGGGCGCCCGGGCGGGCCUUUGUGUGGCUGCGCGGGCGCGUCGGGCGCAGAGGAUGGAGCCGUCGGAGGCGGCGCACGGCGCGGCGCUGCUGCGGGGCCUGGCGGCCUUGCGGGCCGAGCGGUGCCUGCUGGACGUGACGCUGGUGGCGGGCGGCGGGCGGGAGUUCGGGGCGCACCGGGCCGUGCUGGCGGCGGCGUCGGGCUACUUCCGCGCCAUGUUCGGCGGGGCGCUGCGGGAGGCGCGGGCCGAGCGGGUGCGGCUGCACGGCGUGGAGCCCGAGUGCCUGGCGCUGCUGCUCGACUUCGCCUACACGGGCCGCGUGGCGCCGCCGCGCCUGGGCCCGGAGCUGGCCGAGCGCCUCCUGCGCGCCGCCGACCUGCUCCAGUUCCCCGCCGUCAAGGAGGCGUGCGGCGCCUGGCUGGCGGCGCGCCUCGAACCCGCCACGGCGCUGGACAUGCAGGACUUCGCCGAGACCUUCGCCUGCGCGCCGCUGGCCGCCGCCGCGCACCGCUGCGUCCUGCGCCACGCCGCCGCCGGGUCCGACGGGCUGGGCGCGCAGCUGGAGCGGCUCCCCCUGGCGCGCCUGGUCUCCUACCUGCGCGACGACGCGCUGCGCGUGCCCAAGGAGGAGGCCGCCUUCGCCCUGGCCCUGCGCUGGGUGCGCGCCGAGCCGGCCGCGCGCGCCGCCCUCCUCCCCCAGCUGCUGGCCCACGUGCGCCUGCCCUUCGUGCGCCGCUUCGCCCUCCUGGCCCACGUCGAGGGCGAGCCCCUGGUGGCCCGCUCGGCCGCCUGCCUGCGCCUGGUCGCCGAGGCGCGCCUCUUCCAGGCCGGACGCCUCGACCGGCACGACAUCGGGCCCUGCGCGCGCCUCCGCCCGCGCCCCUCCACCGGCCUGGCCGAGAUCCUGGUGGUGGUGGGCGGCUGCGACCGCGACUGCGACGAGCUGGCCACCGUCGACUGCUUCAACCCGCGCACGGGGCACUGGCGCUACCUGGCCGAGUUCCCCGACCACCUGGGCGGAGGGUACAGCGUGGCGGCCCUGGGCAACGACAUCUACGUCUCCGGAGGAUCCGAUGGCUCUAGACUCUACGACUGCGUCUGGCGAUACAACUCUAGCGUAAACGAGUGGACGGAGGUCUCCCCAAUGUUAAAAGCCCGUGAGUACCACAGCUCAGUGGUCUUGGAUGGACUCCUCUACAUUGUGGCUUCGGACAGCACGGAACGCUACGACCACUCGCUGGACGCCUGGGAGACCAUGCAGCCCAUGCUCUACCCCAUGGACAACUGCUCCACAACAGCUUGCCGUGGCAAGCUCUACGCCACAGGCUCUUUGGCCGGCAAGGAGUCCAUGGUUAUGCAGUGCUACGACCCGGAGACGGACCUGUGGUCUCUCGUCAACUGUGGGCAAGUCCCCCCGUGGUCCUUCGCCCCCAAGACCGUCACUCUCAGCGGGCUGAUGUAUUUUGUAAGAGAUGACUCUGCUGAAGUUGAUGUGUACAACCCUGCGAAGAAUGAAUGGGACAAAAUACCUUCAAUGCUCCAGGUUCACGUCGGUGGCAGCUUGGCCGUACUGGGCGGGAAGCUCUACGUCUCCGGCGGCUACGACAGCACCUUUGAACUCUCCGGCAUCGUGGAGGCCUACGAUCCCGAAACGCGGGCCUGGAGCGUGGUGGGUCAGCUGCCGGAGCCGAUCUUCUGGCACAGCAGCGUCAGCAUUUUCCGCCAGUUCAUGCCCGAGACCGAGGAGGACGAAGAGCCCCCCUUGGACAACGCCAUCAGCCUGAGCCGGCAGCAGCAGAACCUUCGCAAUCAGAACUUGAACGAGCUGCAUUAGCAGCCGGCUUGCCUCUGGUGGCUCGGAGUAGACCUGCAGCGCAGAACCUGCGUCCCUUCCAGGGCAGGGGCAAGCUGGGCUUUGGAGACUGUGAUGUGUGCGCUUGAAGGGGUGACAGGAAGUGCAGGGCGGAGGAGGAGGAGGAGUGUUGGAGUGUUUUUCUUAGGGACUGGCCUUCUUUUUGGCUGGGUAGGGGACAGUGUAACAGGUGCAUUCCUGAAACUGAAUCCUUUAGAGGAGGGGGAGCGGUUGGAACCAUACCUGGCUGGAAGGAGAAAAGUUUGGAUUUAAAUCCUCCCUUUCUCUCCUGUAAGGAAACUCAAAGGGGCUUACAAGCUCCUUUUCCCUCCCCCCCUCACAACAAACACCCUGUGAGGUGGGUGGGGGAGAGAGCU